AUGGCUCCCAGAAAGAUCAUUAUCGACACUGAUCCCGGCGUGGACGAUAUUCUGGCCAUGCUGUUGGCUCUCAGCGCCAGUAAGGAGGAGCUUGAGGUUAUCAUGAUCUCCGUAACAUAUGGAAACGUCCCUCUCGAAUGCUGCGGACGCAACGUCGUCGGCAUGAUGCAGGUCAUUGAGAAGGAGAUGGCCUGGCGCAAAGCCAACGGCCGUCCUGAAGGCUUCGAGUCCCUCAAGGCAUGCAAGCCUCUGGUCGCUCUUGGCGCCGAGCAUCCUCUGGAAGAAACGGAUCUCAAGUAUGACCACUUCCACGGUCUGGAUGGCCUCCACAACGUCCACUCCACCUUCCCAGACUUUAGCCCUCCCGAGAAGUGGCUGCACAUCUUCCGUGAGCAGGGCUCCUCCGUGACAGACCUAGACAAGAUCUCGCCCCUCUUCACGCCCUCGCGGGAGCCCGCGCACAAGGAGAUGCUGCGGCUGCUCCGCGAGAACCCCGUCGACAGCAUCACCAUCUUGACCGUCGGUCCCACGACUAACGCGGCGCUCGCCGCGUCUGAGGACCCGGAGGCCUUCCUUCGCGCGCGCGAGGUCGUCGUUAUGGGCGGCGCCGUGCGCGUGCAGGGCAACAUCACGCCCGUGGCCGAGUUCAACACAUAUGCCGACGCCGUCGCCACGGCGCGCCUCUUCGCCCUCAGCUCCUUCACUCCCUCGGCCACGCUGCCGCCGACCACGCCGCGCACCACGCUGCCACCCUAUCCCGCAAACCUUCCGCGGCCGCUUCGCGUCGUGCUCUGCCCGCUCGACAUCACCGAUCAGCACGAGCUGACGAGCACGUACUUUGCGGAGACGAUGGCGCCAGUCGUGGAGUCGGGCAGCCCGCUGGGCACGUGGGUGCGGCACUUUGUCGGCGGCGCGUUCGACAAGAUCGCGAGCAUCCUCGGGUCGGACACCACGGCCGGCCUGUCGCUGCACGACCCGAUGACGGUGUGGUACGUGCUCGGCGCGAGCGCGGAGGACCCGCGGUGGAAGCUGACCGAGGCCGAGGAUAUCCGCAUCGAGACGGCGGGCCAGUGGUCGCGCGGCAUGCACAUCGUCGACCAUCGCGGCAAACUGCGGCCUGCGCAGGCGGCGUUCCGGGCGUCGGCGGAUCCGUGCAACGACCCCGAGGUGCUGAGGCUGGACGCCGUCGACGGCGAUGAACUCGGCUGGCUGAGCGUCCUGAGGGGCAACCGCAUCUACCGCGUCGUGGGGACGCCGGGCGAGGAAAUCUUCAAGGAGGUGCUGCUGCAGCGCGUCUUUGGGCUGGUAGCGUAA